AUGGCUAAUUUUCACAAUCUGUUGGAGCACAACAGUAAAACAGUUACCAUCGCAGUGGCUGCCCAUUCCGCUCGAGCUGUCAGUUUCGAAAACAUCAAAAAACUUUAUGAGAUGGCUAUUGAGAAAGGCAUUGCAUUCCACAUACACGUAGAAGAGCAACCAAAAGAAAUCGAGGAUUGCAUGAGAUUCCUCGGGGAAAGGAGGAAAAGUCAGAGCUAUAAAACAGACAUGUCUGCAAAAAGUCAGAGCUAUAAAACAGACAUGUCUGCAGGUCCUUCUGAUGUUUUACUUGAAAACCUUAACAUCACAAAACUGUUCUCUGGCGUUCAUGUUACGUACACACCGGUGGAGAAUAUUAGAGAAAUUACGAAAUUGGGAGGAAAUACUGUCAUCUGUCCCUGUACGGAAGGAUAUCUCGGCGAUGGAAUUCCUCAAGUGAUUGAUGGGCAACACAUUAGUUAUGGCACUGAUUGCAAUAAUAGAAUAGGUUUCCUGGAAGAGAUGCGAUGGGCAUGCUAUUCACAACAAGUAAGUUCAAUUUGUCCACUAUGCUUGCAAAAACUAAGAAAAGAAGAGAACUAUGCAAAUAUCUGUGCAAGCUACUGAAA